UUACGGCAACCUCCUGUUAAACGUUUGCGACUGAGAGGGGAUUGGUCAGAUACUGGACCAAGAGCAAGGCCUGAGAGUGAACGAGAAAGAGAUGGGGAGCAAAGUCCUAAUGUCUCUCUAAUGCAGAGGAUGUCAGACAUGCUGUCAAGAUGGUUUGAAGAAGCUAGUGAAGUUGCUCAAAGCAAUCGAGGACGAGGAAGAUCACGGUCCAGAGGUGGGACUAAUCGGACAGAUGCUCCUGCUACUAAUAACGCGCCACCUAGUACAGAAUCAGAAACUGCAAUGGAAGUAGAUGGUUCUGAACAACCUCCAUCAUCUUCCUCUUCUACAAUGUCAGCCCAAGCUCCUUCAACAUCAUCUUCAACAGAAAGUCCCCCUUCAACUUCAUUAUUGUCCUCUCCUGAUAAUGAACAAAGGCCUUCUUUAGGGGCCUCAGCUCAACCUGUGCUCCAUCAGUCUGAGAGUGAUAAGCCACGAACAGGAACAGGUGAACCAGUUUUAAGUUUGCACUACAGUACAGAAGGAACGACUACAAGCACGAUAAAACUGGACUUCACUGAUGAGUGGAGCAGCACAAAUUCAAGCUCUAGAGGGAGUGGGAGUCAUUGCAAAACUGAAGGCCAAGAAGACUUUGUGAAAACAAAAGCCUCAGAAGAAUCAGGGCUUGAAGAUGAAGAAACAAGAGUUCCUGAUGAAUCUUACAGGGAAGAUGCAAGUGCUGAAGAACUGAAAACUACAGAUGAAACUGUAGAGAUGACAGAAGCAACUGUGUUAGAUAAACCUGGUCCUGAGCAUUCUGGAAUCCAACCAGAAGAAAAUGGCCCCAGUGUUGAUGCUCUCUCUGGAAAUGUAGAAGAAGAAGCCUCCUGCGAAAAAAGUGCAAAUCAAGACAUUUCAAGUCAAAGUACUGAAUCCACUGCCAACUCGCUUGCUGCAAACGAUGAACCUCAGCCAAACCCAGAAUCCUCAGGGCUUGCUCCGGACGAGUCCUCUACCAGGACCUCAGCUCUCCAAGAAACUGAUGACAGUGAUGAUGAUCCUGUUCUGAUCCCAGGGGCAAGGUAUCGAGGAGGACCAGGACACAGACGAUCUGCUGUAGCCCGCAUUCAGGAGCUCUUCAGAAGGAGGAAAGAAAGAAAAGAAAUGGAAGAACUGGAAACGCUGAAUAUUAGACGUCCUUUAAUAAAGAUGGUUUAUAAAGGUCAUCGGAACUCCCGAACUAUGAUAAAGGAAGCUAAUUUUUGGGGAUCUAACUUUGUCAUGAGUGGUUCAGACUGUGGCCAUAUUUUUAUAUGGGAUCGACAUACUGCUGAACAUCUCAUGCUCCUGGAAGCUGAUAAUCAUGUGGUGAACUGUCUUCAACCUCAUCCGUUUGACCCAAUUCUGGCCUCUUCGGGUAUUGAUUAUGAUAUAAAAAUUUGGUCGCCACUGGAAGAAUCCAAGAUUUUUAACAGAAAACUUGCGGAUGAGGUUAUAACACGUAAUGAAUUAAUGCUGGAAGAGACCAGAAACACUAUUACUGUUCCAGCUUCUUUUAUGUUACGAAUGUUGGCUUCAUUGAAUCAUAUAAGAGCAGACCGAUUGGAAGGUGACAGAUCAGAAGGAUCUGGUCAGGAGAAUGAAAACGAAGAUGAAGAGUAACCGGCAGUUGUGUGCAAGCACCUAGACAUCAAUGGAAUUUGUAUAAGACAUUAAUUAUAUUUUUCCUUACAGAGCUUUAGUGCAAUUCUAAGGUAUUGCUUUUGGAUAACCUAACCUUUUGUUUUUGAAUGACUGUGUGCAUGACUUUGGGAGAGUGUGCAAGUUAAAAUAAGCAAAAAUGUUUUUAAAAUGUUUUGCCAUGUAUGAGGGGUGCUAGAAGAUGCAAAGUGCAAUAUUUUCCUUAACCUGCAAAUGUGGGAGCUUGGAUCAAUGUUUUAAAGUAACUUUCAUUAUAGUAAAAACGUUGGUUCAAAUAAAUUUCUAUACCUGCUGUUUGCAUGUUUGUUGCUUUCUAAUUAAAAGAUUUGGUUGUUUUAAGUA